UUGCUGGGGCCACUUCAGCUGAGCGGCAGCCGAGGUCCGGAGCUCUUGCCGGGGCGGGAGGGGUCCGGGCCGAGCGGGGUUAACCCCUUCCGCGCCACGGCUGCGCGGGCGGCGCUUAUGGCAGCUUCGCUUCGUCGCUGGGCAGCUGAUCGCGCCGGUGGAGCCCGGUCUCCGUUCCUGCCGGAGACUCCCGGCUCAUUUCGCGACUCCUUAUGAGUCAGGGAGCGAUGCCCCAGCCCGGGAGGUGGCCGGGGGCAGGCGGCCCAGAGGGGCCCAACUUGGAGGCAGAGCCCGCCUCCUUAGGCCGUGGGAAAGGAGUGGAGAAGGAGGACUCGCCAGUGGGGCCGGCCGCACCGGGGGAGCCAGGCUCCUGUCCCCUCCGGAGCUAUUCGGGAGAGCAGGAGGAGGACAUGUAUCGUGCUGAAGAUGAAAUAGAAAAAGAGAAAGAAUUACUGGUACGGGAAAGAGGGUUAUCAGAGCCGAAGUUAAGUGUAGCUCCUGAAAUGGACAUCAUGGACUAUUGUAAAAAAGAAUGGAGAGGAAAUACCCAAAUGGCAAAACGGAUGAAAAAGGGCUAUGAAGAAGUUUCUCAGAAAUUUACCUCUAUAAGGAGAGUCCGAGGUGAUAAUUACUGUGCUCUCAGGGCAACCUUGUUCCAGGCAAUGAGCCAAUCAACUGAUCUUCCUAACUGGCUCAAGAAUCAGGAUAUAACGCUGUUGCCAGAGGAACUAAUAAGCAGAUAUAACUGGAUCAAGCAGUGGAAGCUUGGAUUGAAAUUUGAUGGAAAGGGAGAGGAUCUGGGAGAUAAAAUCAAAGACUCCUUAUCUCUACUAAGGAAGAAGUGGGCAAGUUUGACUGCAAUGAGAACUGCAGAAGAGAGGCAGGUGGCUUGUGAUGAACUUUUCCGAAAUGAAGAGGAAGAAUAUAGCCUCUAUGAAGCUGUGAAAUUUCUGAUGCUGAGCAAGGCCAUUCAACUAUACGAUGAUAAAGAGAAGGGAAAGGAAGUACCCUUCUUCUCUGUGCUUCUAUUUGCUCGGGACACCUCAGGCGACCCUGCUCAGCUGCUGAGAAAUCACUUGAAUCAAGUGGGUCAUUCUGGUGGCCUGGAGCAGGUUGAAAUGUUUCUUCUUGCCUAUGCAGUACAUCACACCAUACAAGUUUAUCGACUAUCGAAGUAUAACACUGAGGAAUUCAUCACAUCUUAUCCUACGGAUCCACCCAAGGACUGGCCUGUGGUGACUCUGAUUGCUGAGGAUGACAGGCAUUAUAAUAUCCCUGUCAGAGUAUGUGAGGAGACAAGUUUGUGAUAAAGAGAGAGAGAGACUUGUUAGGCUUAUGGCUUGAAAUGUGGCUUAGAGACAUCUUUAUCCUCUUUGAGCUGAAUUUGACAUCUCAAAGGGAUAUCCUAAAGACUUAAAUAUUUGCUAUCAGGAAUAACAUUGUAUAUAAGCUUUUUCCCCCCUUCCUUCUAAGGCAAUAAAUUUCAGAGGCCUUCAGAGUAAUACACCUGUUGGUGUAAAACUAUGUUCUCAAAAAAGGAAAAUAUUUUAUAUUGUGCCAUCAUGGAAUUAAUUUGGAAGAAUCCCAAAGUCAAAUCCCUUGUCAUGAUAAAUUGGUAAUUUGUUUUUUAAGGAGAGAGUAAAUAAUUUUCUUUUAGUAAUGAGUCUUUGAAGUAACCUGUCUAUGCAAUGUUGGGAUGUUGGAAAUAAGUCUCUUUCUGCCUAGUCUUGUUACACUGCUGGCAUUUUCUUCUACAUAAUGCAGAGGGAAUAAAAUUGGGUUGAAAAAUUUCUUAAAGGUAUUUUGAAACAAUCUGUAACAGAAGAGGCAGCAUGGUAUAAGAAAAGUGUGUUGAUCUCAAAGUCAGAAGACCCAUAUUCAAAUCUUGCCUUGGACACAUAUUAACCGUUUGAAAGAACAAGUCACUUAACAUCUCAGCCCUUUCAGGCAUCUCUCCAAGACUCUUAAUGACAAAUUGCUGAUCUACAUUGGUAGAGGGACCUUCAUUAUUAGCAGUUCUCCACAAUGAUGGUUUCUCAGUUCUGGACCAAAACAAAAUCCCCAGCAUAGAAGUUUAAGAACUAGAUUUAAAUGGGUGUAUUAAAAGCAUUUUAGAAAGUUCUUUUGGAGGAGAAAAUAUCAUAGGAAUUGUUACUAGGAUAUGUAACCUCCUUCUUUGGGGUUACUGUUCAUUCAAAGUCUCCUCAAACACAUCCAUCAACAAACAUUCAUUUUUAUACUCUGUUCUAGGCACUGUGUCUUUAAGUGCUGAUGAUACAAAGAAGGCAAAAACAUGGUCCUUGACUUCAGGAAACUUCCAUUCUAAUCGGGGAGAUAACAUGCAAAAAAAUGUAUACACAAAAGACAGUACAAAUGGAAGGCAAUCUGAGAAGAAAGAUACUUGUUACUUAAUUUAGAUCUCUAGAGCUGUGUGGUCAUAAAAACAAGACAAGGGGCAAGUCUCAGCUCUGACUUUCAAACUGUGGACUUGGGGUAAAUCACAACUCUUGAUUGGCUAAGUUAUUGUAAUUGUUGGACUCGCUCUUUGCUGCCACCAAGUAGAAAAAGGGAGGAUAGAUAUGGAAGAUAGUAAACAUGUGCAUAAAGAUCUCUAUUCGAAAGCUAAAUAUAGCCAUCUCAGUUUCCUUCUCUAAAAUUAGAGGUUUAGACUAACUGUCCUCUGAAAUCCCUUCCAGCUUUACAUCAGUGACCCUAAAUGUGACCCUACUCAAAUCUUUUAACGUCAGUUUUCUUAUAUUUUAAAAGGAGAUUUGAACUAGAUGAUCUUUCUCAACUUGAUUUUGUUAUAGCCAGUGGGGACACUCAAUGUAUCUCAUGUUGGAAGCUCCUCCUGCCAAAUUUUUUUUUUCCCUUGGGAUGAGAAAAUAAAUCAAAUCCAGUUUUCAAAGCUGAGUGUUAUAAUUUUACCUAGGAAUAAUGUUAUAUACUACUUUCAUGUUAAUUUGAAAAAUAGAGCAAUGUUGUACAGCAACACCUGUUUGAAGCUAGGCAAAUUUGUGGAUUUGCUGGUGAUAGUUAAGCUGGUUUAGUGGGAAGCAUGACAGACUAUCUCAGAUUGUGAAUGACAACUUAUGGUGGCUAUUUGUAUAGGCCUAGAAGGAAGAAGUGAAAUUAGGAAACCUAUCUGUGGUAUUUUGAACUAUCUCAGUUGGGGUAUUCAUCAGAGGAAUGAGAGAAUCCACUGCACUUUUAUGGCUUUAUCGACACAGUCCAAAUGAAUGUAUUGACCCAGUAGGAAUGUGAUUGGAGGGAUUCACUCUUCUCUCAUAAUUAUUUUGUCUGUUAUUAGAUAUAGGUAAAUAAUUUGAUUUUGGAUGAUCCCUUUUAAGGUGGAGAGGUUGGUUUAAAUUUAUUAUUUAAGUAAUAUAUCUAAUACUUAACAUUUGAGGUUCUUGGUUAAGGAGAGAACUUUAAACAUAUUAACUAUGCAAACUCUACUAUAUGACUUUAGUCUGCUUAGAUGUUGCCUACUGCAAUGCAGUCACUGCUUGAUUCUGCUACCAUGUUUACUUUAUAGUUAAAACCCUUUGACUCAAAUUCUGUUUCCUAGAUAAUGCCAACAUCUUCCAUUGAACUGGACUGAGCUGCAGAGGCUGGGACCAGAUCUGUACAUUUUUUUCCUCUCACUCGGUAUAUAGUAGUGUUGUGAAUGAAAGCCUUAUGAGAAUAGUUAUACUGAAUUUUUGGUUUGGGUUCCCUUUUAAUGUUUUUAUCUUAUCCAUACAAAAGAAUUCUUAAUAUGCCCCUCUGGCCCAGGAAUUCUAAUAGAAUGGAUGAUAUUUGAGGUGGCAAGCAUGUAGGAUGCUCAGGCCUAAAUGUAUUUUGGCAUACGGGGUAGCAUCCUGUGAUACCUUUUGGUACCUUUUGGUAAUGAGGUUGAAUAUUCUGAAGCCAUGAACUGCUUUUUUCUCCCAAAUGCUAGACUUCAUGUUUGAACUGGAGCCACCAGAUUUUACUACUAUAAUUGUUUUCUUUAUCUUCCCCCUUUUGUCCCAUGUUUUAAUGUGUGUGUGAAAAAUCUAAAUAAUAAAAUGUAGAAAUCCCAUUCUUAUGUAGAUCAAAGAUGGAAAAUAUUCAAAAGAGUAAAUCUGUUAUGCUCUUCUAUAUACUUUUGGCUGGCAAUCGUCCCAGACAUUUGUAAACUUUGUCACUUCAGAAGUUGAAAUAAGUAGAAGAGAUAAGGAGAAGAUGACAGAAGAUGCUUGUUAAGAGGGUAAUGAUUUGGGGGAAUACUGAGUAAAUCACUUUUUUUUUUUUAAUUGAAAUUCAUUUCCUGAUUGCCCUCUUGUGAGUCAUAACCUAUGAGCUGGUCUUUUUUAUUUGGGGAGGAGGGAGAGCAGGUUUUUUGGUAAAUUGAGUUACAAUAACACAAUUGAAAUUGGAUAAAGACCCAGGCAUACCUGGAAAGCUUUUCUAUUUACAGUGAUCACUGUUAUGUAAGAGGAACAGAUGGUGGGAACUCUCAACACACUGACUCACUACCCCAAAGUUGACUGCAAAGGUCAGAGGUAUUCACAUAAGCAAUUGAGCUGCUGAAAGAAUCUCUGUGCCUUGUACAAUGUUGUCAAUGAACAUUUUGUCUCACUGUAAACUACAUUUUAAUCAAUAGCAGCUUGGUGCCUGAUAUGCCAUACUCUGAUGACCUUUGUAUCAGCAUGUUUCCUUCUCCCCUCCUAAUCUUAUACUUUUGUGCAUCGACCACCUACUGGUUUCACUCAUACAGAAGGAAGAUCAGUACAGUGCAAAUGGGAGAAAGAAGCUAUUGUUACAUAGUUUCUUACUUCGAGUUAUCAACCUCAGGUAUCUAGAAUACAAAAUAAUGCUUUGAAGUUCAUCCAUAGGAAAAUCAAUAUUAGUGUGCAUGUAAUAUCUGGAAAUGCUUUUCAAAUCUCAUUAAUCUUUUUUUUCCCCAAAAAUGUAUGAUUGUUGAAACCUUUCUUUCGUUCAUUUUAUGACUGGCAUUUUAUAUUAUCAAGGCAUGGGCUUUGGGAUCCUUUUAAUUCCCGCUUAUAUAAUUUAGCAGGUAAAAUCUCAGGCUCUCUGUGUAAUAAAAAAACUAACUUUACUGUGGGAAUAAACAGUGUUUGUAAUCUAAUGUGCUGGCUACACUUUUUAAGGGCUUUUUAGUCCCAUUAGCUAAAAAGGUGCUAUUUUUUUUAUAGCAAAUGUGUUAGUAUUCUAGUUUUGUACAUGUGGAUAAUAUUAGUGAAUUUCUGUGUUUCAUCUGCAUUUAAAAACCAAGCAUCAUCUUUUAUUAAACUUAUACAUACAGGAGUUACACAGAUUUGAGUUGUUUUCUCUGGUGCAAAAUAUUUAUAUUUUUAAUGCCAAAAAAUAAGGUAGUUUAUAUAUGUAUUAGUUUUUUGUUGCCAUUUGGAAGCCAAAGAUUAUUUUGAAAAAUGUGAACUAUUUAGAAAAAUCUGAUAGUUAUAAAAAAAAAUAAUGCUUUUAUUUAAAUUCUAUGUUAAAAAAUACUUCAGUGGAGCUAUUAUCUCAUCAAUGUAGGUAUUCCUUUGGAUGUAGAUUCAACAACCACUUAAGUAAUCAGUUAAGGAACUUGCUUGUCCACUACCAUAUUCUAAACACUGUGAAUAGUUGAAGACCCAAAAAUGAAAACAGUCUCUGCUCUGAAGCUUACUUCCUGUGUUGCAACACAACCAUAACAUUUUAUCCUGUGUGAUUCUUAUUCAUAUCUUCCUAUACAUUUUUCAUGAAGAGGCAGAUCUAAGUGCCUUGAAUUUUAUGCUAGUUAAAUUAUCAUUGAAGUCCUAAAUUAUUUUGAAUAUUCACUCUUAAAAUAUACAUUUUCCAUAAUACAUUAAGAGAAGCAGACUCAGAUAAGGGUGGGAUUUAUUAUAAACAUAUCCUAAGGAACUAUUUUUCUUUUAAUCUUUAGUAAAGUUAUAAUUCAAUUGUUGUUCAUGUACCUACCUCAUCUACUCAAUAAUCAUUUACAUCCUUUAGUCAAUGUGUUUUCUGGAAUUUAAAAUAAUUUCUCUUCUAUCAAAUAUUAAUAAAUUUUUCUAAAUGUCCCUAUUUAGACAUCAAAAAUUCUGAAUUUUUUCCUCAGAGUCUGCAUGAUUUUAUCUUUGGAGUAUUCCCUCUAUUAACUUAGCUCCUUUUCUUGGUGAAAAAGCAAAGGAAGUUAUUUAGUCUGAAUUCUUGGUGUUUUAAAUAAAAUGAAAUUAGAAGACUGCAUGUUUAAUAUGGCAUAGUGGCUAGAUCCAGGAUUUGGUAUCAGGACCUCGGUUUGAGUCCUCCUACUGUAUACUACCUGUGUUAAUUUGGGUAAUCCUCUUUGUUUUGUGGGGCCUUACUUUUCUUGCCUGUAAAAAGAAUGGUCAGAUCCCUAAUAUUUUUGCUAGUGCUAAGUAUGAUCUGGUAUUUAAAUAAAAAAAAAUUCAUGAAAUAAAAUAACUUUCUAUCAGCCAUUAGCACAGUAUUUUAUACAUGUAAGUGUUUAAUAAAUCCUUAUUGAUUGAAUAGUGUGGUGUGGUAGGACUUAUAUAGUGCUUUCUUACUUAUGAAAGAUCUUAAGUAGUUUUUCUUUUUUUUUUAAUGUUUUUCUUUUCCUCAGUUAAAUGUCAGAUAUUUUUUUAUAUUUGGGUUUAAAACUUUUGAGUUUCAGAUUUUCUGCUUUUCUCCCCAUCCUCCCUAAAUGAGAAGGCACAUGUGAAAGUAUGCAAAAGCCAUGUUGAGAAAGAAAACAAAUAUCUCUCUCUUCCUUAAAUCCCCCUCAAGAAUAAUAAAUUAAAAAAUAAAAAGUAUGCUUCAGGCUGCAUUUAGACACAAUCAAUUCUUUCUCUGGCCAUGGAUAGAGUUUUUCAUCAUAAGUUCUUCAGAGUAGUCUUGGAUCAUUGUAUUGCUGAGAACAGCAAAGUCGUUCACAGCUGAUCAUCCUGGAAUGUUGGCCAGGUUUUUCUGAGAGCAUCCUGUUCAUCAUUUCUCAUGUAACAGUAAUACUCCAUUGUAAUCACAUAGCACAAUUUAUUCAUCUAUUCCCCAAUUGUUGGACAUUCCCUCAGUUUCCAGUUCUUUGCCCUGAGAAAAGAGCUGCUAUAGUUUUUUUUUUUUCUUUUUUUUACCUACAGGUCCUUUUACUAUUUUUUUUUAAUCUCUUGGAAUUCAUGCUGAUUAAUUGUUUUUUAAAAUUUGAUAUUGCAGUCUAUUUGGGUAAGAUAGUAAAUGACAGAUUUUACAAAUUUUUGAGUAUUGGCCAGCCUAAGAAGAGAGACUCAUCACCAGAUUGUUGACCACCAGCUAAUAACUUUUUAAAUUUCUGUCUCUUUUUUCUUGUCCAUAGAAAUUCAUGAGUUACAUUCAGGAGGGUUUUCAAUCUGUGUUGACAAUUGUAGUACUUGUACUGGUGAAGCACAAGAUUUUGAAGUACUGAUAUGAAAGUUCCAAAUAUUUCAUGUUUAAAUAGCAUUAUUUCAAGAAACUUGGUAAUAUCUUGCUAGCAGAUAAAAAACAUUUAAAUUAGAAUUCUAGUUAGUUUAGGACUAUGGUUUCUUAGUGAAUAUAUAAAAUGUGUAUUUUUUUGCCUGAAUAGUGGUGUUUUAGUGAGACUUCUGUUACAGUCUUGAAUAUAAAAUAAUCAAGUGAUUCUACCAGCUGUUCUCUCCCUGGAUAUAAUAACUUACCUUUAUUUAUGUAGUACAUCUCAGUUUGCCCUGCACUUUCUUCCUUGAGGAUAGGGAUGCUGAUACUAACCUUCAUUUUUCUUUUUUUUUUUCUUUAAAAUUUUUUAAUAAUAGCUUUUUGUUUUUUUUAGAAUGCAUGCAAAAGAUAAUUUUCGACAUGCAGGCUUGCAAAACCCUGUGUUCCAGGAUUUUCUCACUCCCUUCCUUUCAACCCUCUUCCCUAGACAGUAAGUAAUCCAACAUAGGUUAAUUAAACAUGUGCAAUUAUAAAUAUAUUUCCCAGUUAAGAUGAGGGCUCCACCCCAGGGAGGGCCCAGUUGCCAGUGCCAGGCUUGUCCUCUUCUACAGAAGGGUAACCUCUGGGUAACCAAGCCCAGAUUGGCAUGGGAUCAUGCCCUUUCCUGGGGGGACACACCAGCCUGCCUUUUUUUUUUUUUUUUCUCUUUUGACCCAGAGAUUUUAUUUUGUCCUGAAUCACCUCCUUGUUGAAAAGAGCCACAUCCAUCAGAAUUGGUCAUCCCAUAAUCUUGUUGCCAUGUACAAUCAGCAUCAGUUCAUGUAAGUCUCUCUAGUCUCUCUCGAAUCAUCCUGCUCAUCAUUUCUUAUAGAGCAAUAAUAUUCCAUAACAUUCAUAUACCAUAACUUACUCAGCCAUUCUCCAACUGAUGGACAACCUGUUCAGUUUCUAGUUCCUAGCCACUACAAACAGGGCUGCCAUAAACAGGUUUGCACAUGUGGGUCCCUUCCCUCUUUGAGAUACAGACCCAGUCAUAACAUUGCUGGAUCAAAGGGUAUGCACAGUUUGAUAAUCCUUUGAAGAUAGAUUCAAAUUGCUUCAGAAUGGGUGGAUCAUUUCACAGUUCCACCAGCAAUGUAUCAAUGUCCCAGUUUUCCCACAUCCCCUCCAACAGUCAUCAUAAUCUUUUCCUGUCAUCUUAAGACAAGCUGAGAGGUGUGUAGUGUACCUCAUUUUUCAAAUGAGAAAACAUUGGAGCUCACAAUGGUAGGACAAAAGAUCAGGACAAAUCAUGCACUACUUCUACCACAAUUGGGGAUGGGCUGUCAUGUUUCCAUAACCUGAGAGACCUGCUGAUUGGGGUUCAUAAUUCAGGAUGGCCCUGAUUAUGAGUCUUCUUGUAGUAGGGCCAGGGCAACUUUGUAUCCAGGAAGAGAGUGGGAAGGUAGCCCAUUAUUUCCAAAGUCUCUAUUAAAACUCCUUUAGAGAAGUUUCUUGAGGAUAGGGAUACUGAUAAUAACCUUCAAUUUUCUUUUUUCUUUUUCUUUUUUUUUUUUUUUUUGGCUUUUGUUUUUGUUUAGUUUGGUUUUGCCAUUUUGCUUUUUAGUAAUCCAUUGCCAUGUUUGAAUUAGUCUUAAUAAAUGUUUGUGAAAUUGAAUUGACUAGGACUGGUGAGCUGGGACCUUGGAAAUGUGUCAAAUCCAUGUCCUUAAAUGAGCAAACACUUUAGGGAGGUAAAAUCCAAGUGUAUACAGUUAGCUAUGGUAUUCCAUUCUUCUGUACACAUAACUCUUCUUUUGACAGGAUUUCACAUACAAUUUUGUAAAGGGCCAAUAACAGCAUUUUAUUGAUAAUGGAGGAAAUGAAUUGCACUAGGAGUUUUAAAACUGCCAAGAAUUCCCAGGCCUCUUAUUAAUCUCUUGACUAAAUUCUUCUGCCUUUUCUUUCUCUCACCAAUUACCUUCUUACUCUGGGGAAAUCUUCCUCCCUUCUACAGCUUGUUGACAGUCAACCUUGAACCACCCCCUCACCUAUUAAAUUAAUCAGUAAACCAGUAUUUAUUGAACAUCUGUAGUGUGCUAGGAACUACUUGGUGCUAGGGAUACAUUGAAUGACAAAAGAUAGUCCCUGCUCUCAAGAAGUUCAUAUUUUAGUGAGAGAGGACACCAUGAAAGAACUAUUUGUGAACAAAAUAUAUAUGGGAUAAAUUGGAGAUAAUCAACAAAGAGAAGAUACUAGAAUUUAGGGCUAUCAAGAAAAGCUUGUAAAAGGUGAGAUUUUAGAUUGGACUAAAAGGAAAGUAGGAGGCAGAAAUAAGAAGGCAGAGCAUUACAGGCGCAAGGGAAAGCCCAUGAAAGUGUCCAUAAAUUGAAGAUGGGUUGUCUUAUUCAAGGAACAGCAAAAAAAGCCAGUAUUGUUAAAUGAAUGGCAGGGUACAUUGGGGUAAGGUGUAAGCAGACAGAUUUGAACUGAUUGAGUAAUAAAUCAGUAAGUAUUAAGUGUACAACAAGGUGACACAGUGUUUGGAGUGCUGGGCCUAGAGUCAGAAAGAUCAUACUCCUGAGUUCAAAUCUGAACAUAGAUACUUACUAGCUGUGUGACCUUGGCUAAGUCACCAAACUUUGUCUCAGUUUGCUCAUCUGUCAAAUGAACUAGAGAAGGAAAUGACAAAACUACUCCAGUAUUUUAACCAAGAAAUCCCCAAAUGAGAUCACAAAGAGUUGGCUAUGACUGAGAUGAAAAAACAACAUUAACGCUUCCUAUAUAUUAAGAACUGGGAUUCAGAGACAAAAAUGAAAAUAGUUCCUGCACUCACUAUGCUCAUAUAAACAUAUGCACCUCUCUUGGUAUAUCCAAGACACAUGAAAAGUAGACAGAUGAUGCAACAUUGGAUUUGAAAACAGUGUAACUUGUUAAUUCCUUUUUUUGUUUUUUUAAUUUACUUGGAUCUGGGGGCUUCUAGAAAUUUUAUCAAUGGCUAAGUUUAAAAAAAUAGAAUUUUACAUAAUUCGGAUGAUGAAGAUGCUGCUAAUUGGGAAAAUCAUGAGAAUUGGAAUCUAUCUUUUAGCAAGAGUCUCAAAUUGCCCUUACUAGGUUCCCUGUAACAUAGAAUGACCCAGGAAUUACUUGGCUGGACUCUGAGAAUACAUAUUAAUUUCUGUUUGAACUAAUUUUCCUAAUGUCUGAUAUUAACAAUUGAACCUUUAUAGAAGCUUAUGAAGUUAAAGGGAUGAUAAAGGGAUAUCUGAUGUAUUGAAGGUAGUAUCCUUGCUCAUAAUAUGGGUUGGAAAAGUCAGGCUUUUAGAAAAUAUUUCCUUUAGCAGACUAGACAUUAUAAUCAUUGUUUAGCGUAUAUAAGGUUUCACUAUGUUUAUUGUUUGUUGAUCAUAAAGCAUAAUUUAUUUUGGUUAAACAAAAUGCAACUACUCUCCAUCAAAGUGUCUCCUCUGAAAAGUUAAGUUCAUGCCAUAUUUGUACAAUGUACAUGACUUUGCUAUACUAAGGGGGACAUAAAACUGGAAUUUUUCCAUCAAAGGUAUUUGCCACUGCCAUGUUUCAUGAUACAAAGGGGUUCUUAAUCAGAGUCUGUAAAUAUAAAAAAAAAAAUGUUGAUAACUACUUCAGUAUGAUUGGCUUUCUUUCUUUUUUUAAUUAAAGCUUUUUAUUUUCAAAACAUA